GCUUCACCACCAAUGGCCACCAUGCCGUCGUGGAGUUCGGAGCAUGCUAGCGCAGGACGGCCGCUCCGUCGUAGGUGUAGGGGCGCCGACCGCAUCGUGCCUCUGUGCGCCGCUGCUGCGACGGGGUGCGGGAGCCGCCCUCGUCCCCGGCCGCGCGGCGGGGGCCUCGAGACCGCGGCCCCGCUGCCCGAGCUUCGACGAGGGCCCUGCGCCG